AUGUUUUCUUCAACAAAUUCUUCUACAUCCACAUCAACAACUCCAUCUAAUUCGGUACCAAAUAGUAUUGGGUAUAUUUCAUCUAUUUCCCCACCAUCACAACAGCAACUUCAACAAUUAUCACAAAUUUCACAAAACCAUUCACAAAAUAAUAAUAAUAAUAAUAAUAAUAAUCAACAACAACAACAAUCUUUUAGUUUUAUUGAAAAACUAAAUUCAAAAACUGGUAGUGUUCCAAAAUUAAAUCUGUGUAGAAUUAGUAAUAAUAUUAUGAGUAUAUCAACCAAUUCUACGACAACAACAAAUAAUUUAACACAAACCCCAACAACAACUACAAAUUUUAGUACACAAAAUACACCAAUGUCUUUAAAUAUAAUACCUGGACAAAAUUCACCAACAUCAAAUAAUAAUUUCAAUAAUAUAAUUAAUAAUAGUAGUAAUAAUAAUAGUGUACAAAAUACACCAACAUCAUCAACAUCAUCAAGAAGGUUAAAAAUUUAUAAAGAUUUUUGUUUAAAAUAUGGAUCAUUACAAACUGUUCAUUUAAGAUUAAAUACACCCCAAGAACUUGUUUCAAUAUCAGAAGCAUUAAAACAGAGACAUUCAAUUGUACAUUUAAAUCUUUCACAUAAUAAAUCAAUAAAAGAAUUGGAAAGUUGGAUAGCAUUAGGUCUAGCAUUAAAAGCACCAAAUCAAACAUUAUCACAAUUAAAUCUUUCACAUAAUUCAUUGGGUACUGAAGGUUUGUCAUUAAUUAUUUCCGAUAUAAUUAAAACAAAUCGUUCCAUUACUUGGUUAAAUUUAUCUCAUAAUAAUUUGGACCAAGAUGAUGAUCAUUCCAUAAUGGAUGCAUUAUUAUAUAAUCAAACCAUUCAAACAUUGGAUUUAUCCAAUAACGAAUACCAAUUGACAUUGGAUAUAUCUAAUAGAUUAAAUUCAUUUAUUGAAAAUUGUCAAUCAAUUACUCAUUUAAAUUUUUCACGUAAUAGUAACCGACAUCCAAUAAGUGGAAUUUCAAGAGCCUUACAAAUAAACCAAUCCCUUCGUCAUAUUGAUCUUUCAUUUAUGUCAAUUGCACCACAAGAAUCGACUGAGCUAAUUAAAACUUUAAUUGGGUCAAGAUUUUUAACAUCAAUUAAUCUUCAACAAACUUUACUUUCAACUGUUGGCGAAACCUUUGGAAUUAGUAUCGUAAAUUCAUUAGCCAAACGUUAUAAUGACUACGACUUGGAUGAAGAAGAUGGAUGUUUAAGUUUUGUUGAUUCUAAAAGUAGUACUACAACGACAACAAAUACUAAUACUACUACUAUUCCAUUGGAUCCAAACUCUCAAAAUACUAGUGCAAAUUCAAUUUGUUUCACACCAAGUUGUUCAUUCUCCUCUUCAAAAUCAUCAUUAGAAGAUGAUGAAUUUUAUAUUGCACCUCAUAAUCCAAUUUUAAAUUUAAAUUUGGAUGGUAUUAAUUUUGGUAAAAAAGCAUUAAAAUCAUUUUUAAAUAUUUUAGCAAGAAAUCAAGAUUUAACUGAACUUGAUCUAAGUUCAAAUCAAUUAUGUGAAAGCAAUGGUACCUAUUUGGCAGACUUUAUAAAGAGAAAUAAUUCAAUCCAAACCUUAUCAAUAAGUAAUAAUGAUUUCUAUGAAAAAGCUGUUGAUAUAGCAGAAUCCCUUCAAUAUAAUAAAUCCAUUACAAGUUUUAAUCUCUCUCAUACAAAAUGUUCAAAUCUUAUUGGUCGUGUAUUGGCAAAAUCAUUAUGCAUAAAUCAUACCCUAAAGAAAUUAAUAUUAUCUCAUACAAAAAUGUCAUGUGCUGGUAUUGUUGAGUUUGCUCAAGGUUUAAAAGAAAAUAAAAUUCAAUUGGAAAGUUUAAAUUUAGAUGAUACUGAUUUACAAGAUAAAGGUGCCACUGAAAUUGGUGAAGCAAUUCGUUCAAAUACUCAUUUAACUCAUUUAUAUUUAAAUUCAAAUUCAAUUCUAUCAAGUGGUGCCAAAUCAAUUGGUAAAGCUUUAAAACAUAAUUCUACAUUAAAAGUACUUCAUUUGGGUUACAAUGAAAUUGGUGUUAAAGGUCUUGAUUCAAUCUCUAAAUCAUUAAAAACCAAUAAAACAUUAAUUGAACUUUCUGUAAAGAAUAAUUUAAUUCCGGAGAAGGGUGGAAUCGUUUUAACUGAUUCAUUAAAAUCCAAUCAAAAGUUAGAAACAAUUAACCUUCGUGGUAAUUUUUUGGGUAUUAAAGGUGGUGCUGCAAUUUCAAAACUUUUAACAACCAAUCAAACUUUGACCAAUAUGGAUUUAUCACAUAAUAAUUUAGAUAAAGAUGUAAUUCAUAAAAUUCAUCAACUUUUGAAAAAAAAUCAAAUUACAAAUUCUACAAAUCUAACUGCACAAACUAAUCAUCAAUUACAAAUGCAAUAUCAAACUCAAAUUCAACAAAUGUAUGGUAAUGUUCCAGUUUCAUCCUCUUCUUCUUCUACUUCUUCAAUCAAUGGUAGUUCUGAUGAUAUUCCAAAUUCUCCAAAAUCUCAACUUCAUAGUUCAUUGGGUUCAUCAAAGAGUUCAAUUUUUGAAUCUGAUGGUGGUGUUAUUUCUUCAACAGAUUAUUACUUUGUUGAGCUUAAUAAUAAUGCUGGUGUAGGUGGUGGUGGUGGUAGUGGUGGUGGUGGUGGUUAUGGUAGUGGUGAUACACCAACUACAGUACCAACGAAUAUUCAUAAUAAUAAUUCAUUUUAUGGUGGUCAUAAUAUACCAUGCACUUAUAGACCUGGUACAGGUUCAUCAAAUAAUUCACCAACCACAAAUAAUGUACCAUUCUAUCCAUUUGGAAAUGUAUCAAUGUCUAGUCCUUCUACUCCACGUGGAUUUCCAACAACACCAAACUCAAUGAAUACACCAACUGCAAUUAGAUUCCCAUCACAAAGUAAUUUACCUAUUACUCCACGUGCUCAAUAUCAACAACAAUACAUCCAAUAUCAUCAACAAUUACAAUUACAACAACAACAACAACAACAACAACAAAAUCAACAAUUACAAAAACAAUUACAACAAUUAGAACAACAACAACAAUUUCAACAAUUAUUACCAUCUUCAUCAUCAGCCCAAUCAACAAAAGUUAUUACACAAGGUGGUAGUAUGAAAUCUCCAACUUCCUCUUCUGCAAAACCAAGUUUAUUUUAUAUUCCAUUUGAACAAAAACAACAAUUACAACAACAACAACAACAAUUACUACAACAACAACAACAAUUACAACAACAAAAUUAA